AUGUAUGCAGAGAAAAUAUUGGACAAGAGGAAGUAAGAAAGGGAAAAGAAGCAAUAAGAAAUCACUCAAAAGCAGUAUGCUUAUAAGGGGGGUUCAAAACCUAGUGAUCUUUAUAAAAGUCAAAUAGAUAAGACUUAAGAUGAGAACUUAAGAAGCAUUAACAAUUAAAUUAUUGAAGAAGUUAGCGAGGAUGGUGCGACCAGUAAUAGUGGUAACUAUUCAUAUUUAUACGAUAGCGUUGUUUCCAGAGGCAAAUAUAAAAGUCAAUCUGCAAGUAACAAAAGGAAUAAAGGAUAAAAAGUAAAUGAGUAUUAGAUGCUCUAGCAUAAGAAAAAUGUCCGCUCUGCUGUAAAUGAAUAAUUCAUAUUCACUCUGUACGAAUUCUUUUCAACUAAACAACUAGUUACAAAGCUAAGGCCUUUAAAUUCAUUCUUUAAUUAAACAGCUAAGAGUUAUCUUCCGACAAGACUAUAAUAAGAGGCUGAAUUUAUAAAUGCAUUUCUAGAGGAAAAUGAUGAGAUUAAUCAAAAAUUUCUAAGAAUUGUUGAUACUUAGAUCCCAAUUGCUAAGAAGAAUUGGUUAUUCUUUGACUUUCAAGAUGUUUUAAACAAUUUGAGCUUGAUUAGUAAAGAGGAUGUAACUAACCUCAAAUUUUUUUUGAAGGGAUCUUCCUUUUCAACUUCUGUUGAUGUAUGCUUAGCUCCAAUAUGCUUACUCUUUGGUAUAAGAGAUGACAGAGUAAAAUAAGCAAAUGGGGAAGUGAAGAGUAUGUGGCAUAAGCAAGCUUUCAAACUUGUUUCUCAAAACCAUUUCUAUAAGAAUAUUUGCAAUUAUGAGAAAGAUAGUAUCAGAGAAGAAGCUUUUUUGGAAGUGUUUGAAUACCUAAACAGAGAUGAAUUAGAAAUCGAUAGAGUUAGAAUAGUAAAUUAAGCUUUAUGUAAAUUCAUUGAAUGGGCUAGAUAUUUAGUCUCAUAUCACGUACUGGUUCAUCCAUAUAAACUCAGAAAUCCAUAAACUGUCUUGCCUGGCACUGAUGUAUACUUUUUCUUAUAAACUAUUGAUUCAUUUAUGGAUUAGUUUUAUCAACUUAAAUCAUACCUAAUUAGACUAUAAGUAUUGCCAAAAGAUACAAAUUUUGCAUUCAACUUAUCUCAUGUAAAAUUCAUUAAGAGGGAAAAAGUAUGCUCCAUGAUAAAGUUAGAUUCAAAUAUUAUUGACGUUGUUUUAUGCAAUUUAGGAACUACAGAGGCAGCUAAAAUGUCUUAGAUCAAUAGAAAAUUCAGAUUUUAUGUUGCUAAUCACUGGGAUAUGAGACUCACAUAUUAAGUUUUAGAAGUAGAAUGUCUUAAAACUAAUAAUUUCGAGCUAUUAAAUAAAAAAGUUCCACUACUAUAUGAAGGAGGGUUUUUCUCGCCCUAUAUUAAAAUGUUAGACAGAAUUUUAAUUUAGGAAAAAUGCUUUUUGUCUAAGUACCAUCUUGAUGAGAUUAAAUCAAUCAUAAAACCAAAUAAAAAUCUAUCUUAAUAUGUAUAAGCAUUCUGUAAGUUAGUUGGUAUCAAACCAAUUAGGAAAGGCCUACCCAAUGGAUCCUUAGAGAUAGAUUAUUUUACGCCAUUUUAAUAAGUUGUAAAAGGGAAUAAACUUUAGACAUUUUUGAAUAACUUCAACAAAUUAACUAUUAGAGGUGAGCUAUUGUAGCAAGCUAAUUCAUUUAUAACUGUAAUGCUAAGAUAAACAUCAUUAGCCCAAGCAAAAUAGCAUUCCUUAGGACUAUUUUAGCUUCUUUUAUGGACAAUAUCAGUCGUUACUAUGAAUAAGCUAAUCAAUCCUCUUAAUUUUACAACUUCUGAAUAUGUUAAAAGAAGAUUUUCGAAUUAAUUUGAAGAAAUUUAAGUUAUUGAGCAUAUUUAUUAAGCUUUAGAAAGCUGGAGAUUCACUUAUAAUGUGAAACUGGUAAAUAUUGCAAGCUAUGUAUAGUCUCAAAAAUAAAAUCCUCAGAUUUUUAUUGAAACUAAGUUCCUAAAUUAAAAUCAAAACUAAUCUAUUGAGAAUAUCGCUUUAACUGCAAAGAACAUGAUUAAGGAAAUUGAAGAAAUCUAGGGAUUUAGUAUUCUCAAUAGAACUGCAAUGAAUGACUAAGAAGAAUUAAAUGAAUCUAUAUACCAUUAAGUAACAUAGGAAAUCCCUUAGUAAGCUAGGCCAGCAUUUUUUGAGAAGGUUCUUCUGGAUUUUUAUCAAACAUAUUUUACAUUGGAGCUUGAAUACUCAAUAGUUGGUGAUCCAUUUGGCACAAAUGAUAUAAGUGGAUUAGAUUUCUUCAACAAAUAGAUUCAGCCUCAAAUCUAAACUUUUAAAUCAAUCACUUUUAAGAAUAAGACUAACAUACUUUCUACACUAGAUUGCCAUAUCAAAUCAACCUUCAUAAGUAAUUAGCUAAAUACUCUUUCAUUUGGUAGUUUCGUAUAAAGUUAAAAAGCAAGAACAGUCUUAAUAGAUUAAAAUAUUCUUGAGAGUACAUUAUUUGAUUACAAUUCAGUUGAAUAGGUUAUCUUAAUCUAUGCUAAACUGAAUAGCUAAUUCAGAUAAGCAGCUUUAAAUCAUUUAUCCAUCAGGAUUCUAUACAUGCAAGAAGAAACUAGAAGAUUUGAAGAGGCUUUUGAGGAGGUUAUUAUUUCAAUUAGACAAAAAAGGGAUAACUUCCAAAAAGAUUUUGAACAAGUUUCAGGAUUAUAGAAUCCCUGUAAAGAAAGAGCAUUGAAGCUUUUGCAAACUAUCAAUAAUAAAGAUAUCAGUAAUCUUAGAAAGGUUUCUAAACCUACACCAUCUUAUGAUUUCUUUGUAGCUCCUCUUCUGGUUCUAUUUGAUAAAUAGCCUAGGAGAAUUUCAACAGCAGAUGGAAAAACAACCAUAUCACAUUGGCAAGUAGCAUUUAAACUUUUAUCAGAUAACUUUUGUCAAAAGCUCAGAGACUUCUAAUUAGAGGGAAUGACAUAGGAUAAAUUUAAUAAGUUCUCAAGCUUGAUACUCUCAAUAAACAAUAAUAGUGGGCCUAGAUAUACUGUCAAUGCUGCUAACAAAAUAAAUCCAGCUCUAGGAAAUCUUGUUUCAUGGAUUCUUGGAGUUUACGAAUUCCAUAGAUUCCUAAGGGUUUACUCUAUAUCUUCCCUUGAUGAGAAAAUAAUCUUAAAUAAAAAUGAAGUGAAAUUUGCCAAGAAAAUGGAUGAACUCAUUCUAAGAAAUCUAAGAGUGAUGAGAUUUAUCUAAGAAAAAACUGGAAUUAAUCCAUUGGUAUAGAAUCAAAUUACUACUAUGAAUGAAAGAACAGAUUCAUCUUCUAUUGAAAACUAUAACCUCUAUAGCUAAUGUGAUGUUGAUAGCAGCGAGGGCAAUCAGCAACUUUACACAUUGUCUUCAAAUUAGAUUUAAAGCUUUGAUAAUUAAAGCCAUGUAUUAAGAGAAAGAAAUUGA